UUCCCGUCCCAGUGUGGCCGCCCCCAUCACCGACCCCUUCGCGCGCUUGGGGCCUAGCGGACGACGGGAUGCCGUACGCCAACCAGCCCACGGUGAAGAUCUCGGAGCUCACCGACGAGAACGUCAAGUUCAUCGUGGAGGACACGGACCUCGCCGUCGCCAAUUCCCUCCGCCGGACGUUCCACGCCGAGGUCCCCACCCUCGCGAUCGACUGGGUUCAGAUCGACGCCAACUCCUCGGUCCUGCACGAUGAGUUCAUCGCUCACCGCGUCGGGCUCAUCCCUCUCACCAGCGACGAGAUCGUGGACAAGAUGCAGUACUCUAGGGACUGCACUUGCGAUGAGUUCUGCGCCGAGUGCUCGGUGGAGCUGAACCUGGAGGUGAAGUGCUCGGAGGACCAGACGCGGCACGUGACCUCACGUGACCUCAUCUCAACCAACCCCCGCGUCGUCCCCGUGACGUCACGCAGCAGGGAGGACGACCCCAACGAUUACGGCGAACAGGACGACAUCCUGAUCGUGAAGCUGCGCAAGGGCCAGGAGCUGAAGCUACGGGCUCACGCCAAAAAGGGCUUCGGCAAGGAGCACGCCAAGUGGAACCCCACGGCGGGGGUCGCCUUCGAGUACGACCCCGACAACGCCCUGCGCCACACCAUCUUCCCCAAGCCCGAGGAAUGGCCCAAGAGCGAGUACUCCGAGCUCGAAGAGGAUGAAAUUCAGGCGCCCUUUGACCCCAACGGAGUGCCCAACCGCUUCUACUUUAACGUGGAGACGUCCGGCGCGCUGCGCCCCGAGAACGUGGUCCUCAUGGCGCUCGGCGUCCUCAAGAAGAAGCUGAGCGACCUCCAGACGCAGCUGAGCCACGAGAUCCAGACGGACGUCCUCACCAUCAACUAAACGGAACGCCACAACCACCACCACCAUCACAUCCACCACAACCACCACAACCACAACCACCACAACGACCACCACAUCCACCACCACCUCCACCACCACAUCCAGGUUCUAAUCAACACGAUCCGGUCGCUCCCCCAAGUUGUGCUUCGUCACGGACGUAUCGGCGCAGCGGCCGGGUGGAGCCGCGGGUGCCGCUGAGCAGCUGUUAGCUCCUGUGUGAGAUAGAUUGGGUGGGGGGGGGCUGCGUUUGUGUUGCCCGAGUGAGAGAGAGACACGGGCAGUGCUCUCCUGAUUGGCCGUGAUCGCCAACUGCAGAUGAAGACAUACGUGGAGAGAGGGGGGGGGGGUCCUUUGCUUUGUUGGAGGUCGACUUAAUGUUAGAGAUCGGGCCAGUGGCGAGUUGGCUCGUGGUUAUGGGCAGGGCUCGUGUUAGAGGUAGCGCUAGUUCGGGUUCGGGACAGAACUCGUGUUUGGCAAGUUGGGUUUGAUUGGCUAAUCAUUUGCUGUGCUCACAAACCGCCCCCCCCCCCCCCCAGUUAUAACUCAUAGCCUCUGUCGGUGCUGUCCAGCCCAUAGCUUGUGGUGUUUGGAGCCCCUGGGAGAUACGUCCCUGGGGCGCUGCUUCCGAUCUUCACGUCCAUGCGUUUGUUUGUCGUUUUCAAUAAAAUAUCCGAAUUUGCUAAG